UCCGUUCCGUUCGUUGCGGAGGAGGAGCUGUGCGUGUUGAAGUUGCCUGAAACGAUAGAAGAGCAUAUGCCAUAGCAUGUGUUUAUAGUAGAGCUAUUUGCAUAUAGUUUUACUAAAUGAAUUACCGUGGUCUGAUUUGACGAGAUGACACAAAACUGCAGACCCCUCAAGCGCCCUGGUGUCGGAGUAGGGGUUCUUGUCACAGAUUCAGCUCACUCCAACUGCGUCCUCGUAGGAAAGCGAAAAAGUGCAAUGGGCAAAGGAACGUAUCAGCUACCUGGCGGUCAUCUAGAAUUUGGAGAGACCUGGGAAGAAUGCGCACACAGGGAGGUGAUGGAAGAGGCAGGAGUGCGCCUGAAAGAAGUAAGGUUCGCAUCCGUGGUGAACUCCAUCAAGCUCGAUGAGCAGUACCACUACAUCACCAUCAUCAUGCAAGGAGAAGUGGACAGGAGCUACCCAGCAGAGCCAGUCAAUCUCGAACCAGAGAAAAACGAAGGUUGGACAUGGACACGGUGGGACCAGUUUCCUCAAGAGGACCAACUCUUCCUGCCUCUGGCCUGCCUGAGACAACAGGGCUUCCAGCCCUUCAACACCACAUAACACUGCAGCUACCCAGAAACAGAGAAGAGAGGGGCGAAACACAGGGAUAGAAGACACAUACAUUAGAACUGCUUUGUAGGACCUAAUCAAGUCAGGCAGUUGGGUAUACAUGGUAACGGUUGAACUAAUGUUGAUCAGCACCUUUGGUUGGGUAAACAUGGCAACGGUUGCUGGACUUAUGAGGGGACAACUCAUGGAUCUAACAGAAGGAAGUUAUGACAACAAAUCAUUACGGUUUGAGUGUAUUUAUAUCAAUGACAUGUUAAUUCAAAACACACUGUACUACAAAUAACCUGUAUGUGUUUUGUCAAUAUUAAAAGUAACUUAAGAAGUA